CUAUUAUUUUUUUAUUUUCUUGGCAUGGCGGUUUCAUUUCUCACAAUAUCUUAGGCCACCAACAAACUCUUUAAGUAAAAUAAAACUGAAAAUAAAGCCAUUUUCGCUUCGUCUGUGCCACACACACUCUCCUCUCUCUGCCUCAAGAACUUUUUUCAGAAGACUACGGGUUAAAAUUAGACAAGAGUCAAGAGUUUUGUUCCUGGUUGAUGAAUUAAGCAAAAGAGUGUCGUAUAUACAUGGGAUGAUGGCUACAGCAGCUGUUAUAGGACUCAACGCAGGGAAAAGACUGUUGAGUUCAUCAUUUUACUACUCAGACGUCACCGAAAAGUUUCUAUCUGUAAAUGAUCAUUGUUCAUCUCAGUACCAUAUUGCUUCAACAAGAAGUGGGAUAACUGCAAAGAAGACGCCAUCAUCAUCGUCGAACUACAGUCCGAGUUUACCCUCAUCAAGCCGUCACACACAAUCUGCCAAGGCUCUGAAAGAGACUGUGGACGUUGUUGCUUCUUCUGUUCAGCCAUGGUUACCUCCUGGAUCUGAUAAAGAAAUGGAAGGUGAAAGCUAUGAAGAUGAUCUUGGCCAUUCUGUUGAAGCACUCUUACUGUUACAGAAGUCUAUGUUGGAAAAACAAUGGAAUCUUUCAUUUGAGAAGGCGGCAACAAGUGAAUCCCCAAGCAAGAAGAGGAUGACACGGAAGAAGAAUCCCGUCACCUGUUCAGGGAUUUCAGCUCGGCAAAGGAGGAUCGGUGCUAAGAAGAAAACUAAUAUGAGUCAUGUUAAAGUAGUUUCAGAAGUUAGUAGUGGAAAACAGGUUAAAUCAGUGAUCAAUUCAGAGUUGUUCCAAAACAAUCGUGUGAAGGGUUAUGUGAGGGGGGUAGUGAGUGAAGAUGUGCUUAGUCACGCUGAAGUCGUGCGUUUGUCCAAGAAAAUCAAAUCUGGCCUUCGUCUAGAUGAUCAUAAGUCAAGAUUGAAGGAUAGAUUAGGCUGUGAGCCUUCUGAUGAACAGCUUGCAAUAUCCUUGAAGAUAUCUCGGGGCGAGCUGCAGGCAUGGUUGAUGGAAUGUCAUCUAGCGAGAGAGAAGUUGGCUAUGAGCAAUGUGCGUUUGGUUAUGUCUAUUGCCCAGCGUUAUGAUAAUAUGGGAGCAGAAAUGUCUGAUCUUGUUCAGGGUGGUCUUAUCGGACUUUUGCGGGGAAUAGAGAAAUUUGAUUCUUCCAAGGGUUUCAGAAUUUCAACUUAUGUAUAUUGGUGGAUUAGACAGGGUGUGUCAAGAGCAUUAGUGGACAACUCAAGAACCUUGAGGUUACCUACUCACCUGCACGAAAGGCUCGGUCUAAUCAGAAAUGCAAAGCUUAGACUUCAAGAGAAAGGAAUCACACCCUCCAUUGAUAGGAUUGCAGAGUCUCUAAACAUGUCGCAGAAGAAAGUUAGAAAUGCAACAGAGGCUGUAAGCAAAAUAUUUUCCCUAGACAGAGAUGCAUUUCCUUCUUUGAAUGGUCUCCCUGGAGAAACUCAUCACAGUUACAUUGCGGAUAAUCGUUUGGAGAACAAUCCGUGGCAUGGGUAUGAUGAGUGGGCACUCAAGGACGAAGUAAGCAAGCUUAUAAGUGCAACACUCGGAGAAAGGGAAAGGGAGAUCAUUCGGUUAUACUAUGGUCUAGACAAAGAAUGUCUCACAUGGGAAGACAUUAGCAAACGGAUAGGAUUAUCGAGAGAGAGGGUAAGACAGGUGGGACUCGUGGCGCUGGAGAAACUAAAACACGCAGCGAGGAAGAGGAAAAUGGAGGCAAUGAUCCUCAAGAACUGAUUUUGUUUUUGUACAUUUUUAUUACAUCAGAGCCAUAGAGAGCGGUUGUGAGUGUUGUAUAUAUACAGGGAACAAAAGGGGAAGACUCUCUUUAUCUAUCUUCCUUGCUUCUUUAUGUAAACGGAGUUAAGAAACAAGACAGUGAUGUAAUAUUGGCUUAAAUUCCUCAUCUCUCUGUUUAUUCAGUCCUCAUGACCGUUUCUCGGUCUCUAUUUCCAAA